AACGUUAUGUAAAAAUAACAAAAAGUCCGAGCUCCCGGAAUUGAACCAGGGACCCUCCGAUUUCUGCUAAACCUCUACAGUCGGAUGCUCUGCCAACUGAGCUAAGCUCGGUAGCUAUGAUUCAUUCUCCGAUUUUAAGAUAUAAGGCACAAUCAUAUAUGCAGCUUGGCAAGUUGAACUGGGAAAGAAUAAAUUUAGCAGAAAUUAUCUAUUAUUUUCGAUGCUGUAAGAGGAGUUGAGAAGGGAAUGAUAACUCAAGAAUACUUCUAAGACUCGACUAAAUCGUAUAUAAUUUAUUGCUUGAAACAACCUUAA